AUGGCCAUUCCACAUCUGGAUCUCAUGGUUUCCCUAUUGGGUGCUGUGAGCAGUUCCAUGCUCGCACUCAUUAUUCCGUCCCUGCUUGAGCUGGUGCACCUGUGGCCGGAUCGCGACACCAUCCCUUACUUUUGGCUGUCUGUUAUUCUAAAGCACGCCAUAAUUACGCUGAUUGGUGUGUUCUCCCUGGUCAGUGGAACUUUGGCCACCAUAAUCCAAAUUUCCAAAACCCUGGCACCAUCUGGUUAA